GUCAGAAAGCUGCGCGCAAUGCUUUCCGACAACCUCUUUGAGGCCCCAGAGUCUUGCGGCUGAGCAGCUGAGCAGCGAUGUCGUCAUUUUAUCCAGAAGUUUGCACUUCACACUAUCAACUCCACGAUGUCUUUGGUAAAAACCCAGAGGCUUGGUGAAGCUUGGAGGACGAAGCUUUCGACAGUUAACCUUCCGAUAUCCACUUUCUCCAGGCCAACAACCUCAGACGUAUCCACUUGCUCCGCGGGGCAUUGAGUCUCCACAGGGUCUUUGUGAACCUUCCUCGACUUUGUUCUCCACGCUUCGUUCCGACCCUGGAGGAGCUUAGGACUGCCAAACAUGUCGAAUCAAGAGGUAGAACAUCCGGAGUCUCUGGCCCAAACAUCGCGGUCCACAACCCCGCAAUUAUCCAAGGAAGAGGCGGAUGUUGAAGCACAGCUGCCAGCACGACAGGAUGAACCUGUAACCGGAGAGAAACUCGCGCCAGCAGCUACCAACAAGACCAUUGACUUUGUACCAAACGAUCCAGAGAACCCCUUCAACUGGCCCAUCGCGAAGAAGUACCGAAUAUGCAUUCUCGCAUGUGCCAUGACCUUCUUCGUUCAGAUCAAUGGAACGAUGAUGACAAGUGCAGCUGAGCAAAUCAACGAAAACUUCCAUGUCAGCGAUGAAGUAUUCCCACACUCAUACUGGCCCGUGUUGAGUUGGAACCUAGGCGGUGCCGCCGCGCCACUCGUUGGGUUACCCUUGAUGGAGAACUUUGGUGUACGAUGGACAUACUUGGGCAUCUAUGCUGUGUUGAUCAUCUUCAUCAUACCACAAGCUGUAGCCCAAAACUUCGCUACUCUAAUCAUCGUUCGAAUCAUUACUGGAUCUUGCACAGCAACACUAGCGAACAUCACCUCUGGCAUUGUAAGCGACAUCUGGUACGCAGGCCUAAUGAAGAGCUUCUUCACAUCAAUGUACAUCUUCGCGCUCCUCUCUGGCCUAAGCAUAGGACCCGUGUUCGGCAGCCUCGUCGUCCAAUACACCACCUGGCGCUGGAUCUUCAUCGGUCAAAUAAUCUUCUACUCCGCUCUGCUCCCCAUCCUCUUCCUCGCCCUUUCCGAAGUCCGCCCUGACGUAAUCCUGCACCAACGCGCCGCCAAAAUCCGGCGCGAAACCGGCCUUGCCGUGCACACCGCGCAAGAGAAGACGAAAACCAGCGUCUCUGACAUCCUUACCGAAACUCUCAUUCGUCCUACGCGCCUCUUGUUCACCGAAGGCGUGCUUAUCAGCCUGGGCAUGUGGUCCGCCUUCGUCAUCGGAAUCGCAUUCAUGUUCACGCAAAGCAUCAUGCAAGUCUACGAGGGGCUGUACGGGUGGACGUUCUUCGGCACAGGGAUGGUGCAGAGUGCAAUAGUGGUUGGGGAGUUGGUGGGUGUGUUUGCGCAGUUGGUGCAAGACAGAGUGUACUUUGCUUCCGCGAAGCGAAACACUGAGGAUCCAGGGAACCCUCUUCCAGAGGCACGACUAUAUCUCAGCAUUCCAGCAUCAUUCAUCGGGCUCACGGGAGGCCUGUUCUUCUUCGCAUGGACGAGUUUCUCAAAUAUUCUGUGGAUCGUGCCAUCCAUCGCGCUGGGCUUUGUCGGAUUUGGCAUGUUUCUAUGCACGACCGCAUUGACGACGUAUAUUGUCGAUGCGUAUGCGAAGUACGCCGCAAGUUCCGUGGCGGGCGUGGCCUUUCUGGAGAACUUCAUGGCUGCAUUCUUGCCGUUGGCGACGCAGAGCAUGUAUAGGACGCUGGGCUUCAACUGGGCGAGCAGUCUGUUGGGGUUCAUUGCAUUGGUGCUAAGUUGUAUACCUGUGGUCUUGAUCAUGUAUGGCAGGAAGCUUAGGGAGAGGAGCCCGUUCAUGGAGGUGGCUGGUCACAACAAGUAGUGAAAAUGAGAAUGAGAUGUAUCUGAU